AUGAAUAGUAAUGGAAAAUCAAUUUAUUAAAAAUACUUAAUUUAAUCUAUAAAAAUAUGGGCAAUCCUAAAAAUCAGAAUAUUUUAAAUGAUUUUAUCAACCAAAAUUUUAAUAAUAAUAUACAAAAUGUUAAAUCUUCAUUAUUUAAAAUAUUUGAUAAUACCUGAAACAAAAAAUCAUUAAAAAUUGCAAGAAGUAUAUGCAUAAAAGAUAUUCCUGGUAAUCUUAGAAAAUCAAAAAGAUAGGAAAAAGAAAUAAUUAUGA